CCUAAUCUCAGACUUGCCCUCAGGCACUGCUAAAGAAUGUGCCGUUUAAAAGGCUUUACAUGGGGACAUAACUGGGAGACUCUAUAUAUAUAUUUAUACUCCUCCUCCUCCUCUUCAGCAUCUCGCUCACAUCUACACACAGAUUAUUGAGCUGCACCUGCUCCCGACACACACACACAGGAAAAUGAUGCUGGUUGCUGUCCUGUGUAUUGUGGCAUUCAUGAAAGAUGCAGUUGAGUCGACGGAUCCCCCAUUUUCCUCUAUAUCGACUGAUAAUUCCACCGUCAGACAGAUCAUUAUUGAUGCCCACAAUGCCUACAGGAGAAAUGCGUCUCCCACUGCCCAGAACAUGCUGAAAAUGGUAUGGAACCAAGAUGCGGCACAAAAUGCAGCCAACUGGUCAGCAAGUUGCACGGGUUCUCACAGCGCUCCAGAUAACCGCACAAUUCCUGGCUUCAGCUGUGGGGAAAAUCUGUUCUUGGCUUCCUAUCCAGCCACUUGGGAUGAGGCCAUGAAAGCAUGGUACGAUGAGUACAAAAACUUUGAAUAUGGAGUUGGACCUAAAUCUCCUGGUCUGGUCAUUGGACAUUAUACUCAAGUCAUGUGGUACAAUUCCUAUAUGGUGGGAUGCUCUGUCUCCUACUGUCCUAAAAAAACAUACAAAUACAUCUAUGUUUGCCAGUACUGCCCAGCGGGAAACAUCAUCAGGACCAUGAGCACCCCGUACAAAUCUGGCCAGCAGUGCGCAGACUGUUCAGGAGACUGUGAUAAUUACCUUUGCACCAAUUACUGUCCAUACCAAGAUAAAUAUUCAGGCUGCAGCGAGUACGUUAGUUACUGUGAUACUAACACUUCCAUAAGGGACGGCUGCGAAGCCACCUGCCUCUGCACCAACAAUCAGAUCGUCUGAUUUCUGUCCUUCCUGUGGGUGACCAAUCAGAAGAACGGCUGAAAUAAUGACGCGAUCAAAGAUGAUACAUGCCUGUUGCCAUCAGUUUGAUUUAUGUACGUAAUAGAACGUCAGCUCUUUUUGUGCCAUUGAUUUCUAUUUUGUUUAUUGUGUUCUGGGUACAGACAAACAAACCACAAAAAACAGUCUACAAUAAUAAAUGGUCCUGACCUGCAACAUUCUCAGGCCUGGAUCAGCCCAAAGCAAAUAUGUUACUAUUGUAGCACUUGUGCUUGAGUUUGAGUAUGACCUAAAAAAAAUUGAAUUAUUAUCUGUUAGCAACAUAUGUAAAUGGCUUUAGACUGUAGUCACAAGGCACUUUGUGGGUAAAUGAAAUGGGGUGAGUUUAGUGUUGCCCAAUGAUGGCCCUGUGGGGGAGGGGGGACUUGGAGCAGCGGCAGGUAGUGAUGGGCGAAAUUAUCCCGUUUCACUUUGCCACGAAACAGGCGAAUAAUUUGCUGAGCGCAAAUUGUAUUUGUGGUUUUUGAGUUAUUUAGCGUUUUAUUCAGCAGCUCUCCAGGUUGCAGUUUCAGCCGUCUGGUUGCUAGGGUCCAAAUUAUCAUAAAACUAUAUCAUAAAGACUAUAGGGACCAUUUAUGACCACACAUUACCGCACAUUUUCCCGUAGUGAUUUGCAUGUUAAACCGCAUUCUUUAAAAGCAUCUGUGUCAAAAUGGGCUCCUUGCACUUUCCUAUAGUUGCACUUGACACUGCUCAGUCCUUCCUGAUCUACGCCUAUUGAUGCAGGGGGCACCCUCGAACUAACGCCACCUCCUGACCAGGCCCAUAAUACUGUCCCUAAACCAUCAGGCACAGACAUCACUCGCAUUCCCAUGCUAAACCCCAGAAACUCAGGCAUCCAAAUUGACACGUGCGUUUCGCAAAUUUUUCACCAUUUCGUGAAUUUCGCAGGAAAAACGCAAAUUUUCCGGCAAAUCUAAAUGGGACAAAUUCGUCCCCAUCACUAGCCACAUGGUCGUCCAUGCAGUUCUGUCUGAUUUGGUGCAAAAUGCUGACUAAUAUUUGUUUAUAUUGUAAUUAAGAAGAAAGAUCAAUUUAUA